AUGACCGAGGUGAUCGGCAAUCUAGCGCCUGGUCGGCUUGGGUCGUCGCCGUCAGCCAACGAGGCCGACAAGAAGGGUGCGAAAAGGGCGGGCGGCGGAGAUGAUGCGUUGAGCUCAAAGCGGAGCAAGGGAGCCGAUGGGAGCCGCGGCGCCGGCCAGGUGGGUCCAGGCGGCUCGCGGACCAAGGGAGCCGAUGGGAGCGGAGGUACGAGCGUGGUAGACCAGCUCAAGAAGAACGUGGCCAAGGUUGCCGCUCAAGAGGCAGGACCAACAGCCCCGCCAUUGGUCAACGAGAAGCCGGCCAGUCUAGCGACCGCACCAGCGGCGAUAGAUGGCGGCGCCAAAACCGUCAAGGGACCGUCUGGCGGAGUGGCGGGGACCACGUCGAUUCCCCGCAAACCCCCUGCGGCUAGCAGCGCGCCGGUCGCCCCGUCAGCUACCAACAACGAUGGGCCAUCCCUUGCGGCUACUCUAGCACCAGCAGGCACGUCUGCCGCCAAGGUUGACGCGGUGGAUGUUGCGGCUAACCGCGCUGGUCCGUCCGCCCCAAAGGCGAACGCGCUCAGGGAAAUGCUCCGCCGCAUGGAGACCCAUCGACAGGACGUGCAGCAGCCUCCCGUGGUCGGUACCGCGCCGGCCACAACAGCACGUCACUCGGUCACUCCGCAGGUUGCCGCCACAACGUCCAAUGCCCCACCUACCGCACCUAUCAUCGCCGCCCGUCCUCCUGUGGACCCAAAGUCCGCCUUCCUUCGUGCCCGGCUAGGCGCACGUACUGCAGCAGCGCCAGCACGGGCUCAGCCGGUAUCCAGCUCAAGCGCGACGUCGACGUCGGUAACCGUAGCUGCACCCACACUCGGUGCGGCUACUGUCAAGGCAGUGGCGGAGAAGGGCGUGAGUGCAGCGCUAGCCACGGGCGGCGGAUCAGUUGACCCUGCACAGGCGGCAAAGGACCACAACGACGCCGAUAUCGCUGCCAUCUAG